AUGUGUCACGAUAAAGGAAAUUGUGUGGCCUUCAGCUACAAUAAAACUUCUGGGCUGUGCAGUGUUUGUAGUGACUACAGCGUGAAAAGUCUAGUUGUUGACACGGGACCAAGUGAAACAUUCUACGGGCUACGGCAGAACAUUCAGUACGUUGAGCUGUCCUCUUCAACAAACAUAGACAAAAGGCUGGACCUAUCCUGUGGAAUCUCAGUUGGCAACCUGAUUGUUCUUCGGGGUGUGUACGCCGAUAUCAAGGGUUUUAUAGUUGACGUGAAACAAAACGACAACAACAUACUUUUACACUUCAGACCCAGAGUUGGUUACGUCACAUUAAACCAUAUGGUCAACGGCAACUGGGGAUCAGGGAAUUAUUUCUAUGUCGUUCCGUUCAACGUUGGACAAACGUUUGUUGUCCACAUCCUUGUAAGAGUUGACAGCUACGCCAUAUUUGUUGAUGGGAAGUUUAUGUACAGCUACUCGCAUCGUCUACAGAUUAAUAAUGCGCUAUAUCUAAAUCUGUCAGGAAAUGUUCAGUAUGCUGAUCUUACAGUUUAG